UUCGUCGCACCCCAUCUAACGCGACGGUGAAAAUUGAAAAAAAAAAUGAAUCCGGUGUCGGUCACACGGCCACACGUGUGAGGCGUCGUCGCGUUCUCCAUGGGACAGCACUCCCACUCCCCCUCUCUCUCUUCCACUGCCCUCCCUUGAGGCCUUGACUCCCUAAUCUCGGAAAUGUAGGUGCUCGAUUGCUUCUCUUCUCUCUUGUCGUCGUCUUCUUGCUUAUCUGCUAUCAGUUUUUCCGCUCACUGCAAGAUCGUGGAACCGUUGAAAUAACCUGGUCUUUGGGAGCAUUUCAUCCUAUUGCGUUGAUUUCUCGCUCGCAUUGUCAUUAAAGAUGUUUUGAUCAUUUGCAAAAUUCAGAUGGCAGUUACAUCCCUUACAGAUAAUUUCGUGCUUCAUGCAAAACAUCGGGAGUCUGUCAGUGAUUUGCUGUAAUUUUGUUAUGCUCAACAAGCAUGUCAAUGGGCUUUUUUCUGAUGAAAUUGCAGACGCAACUCUUUUUCUCCAUCCUGCUUGUCCUCAGCAUGGUGCCCAUAAACAGUGCCAUAACUUCGGAUGGUGAGGCACUUCUAAGUUUUAAGACAGCAAUUGGAGGGUCAGAUGGUAUCUUUCUCCAUUGGAGACAAGAAGAUCCUGAUCCUUGUAACUGGAAAGGCGUGACCUGUGACAGUCAUACAAAGAGAGUAAUUUAUCUGAGUCUUGCCUACCACAAGUUGAUUGGGUCUAUAUCAGCAGAAAUUGGCAAGCUAAAUCACUUAAAACGAUUAGCUCUAAAUGGCAACAGCUUAUAUGGAACUGUCCCUCCAGAGCUUGGAAACUGCACGGAGUUACAAUAUUUAUAUUUGCAGGGGAAUUACUUAAGUGGAUCUAUCCCUUGGGAGUUUGGUAGCCUUUUGGAACUUGAGACUCUGGAUAUCUCCAGCAACACUCUGAGUGGAUUUAUUCCUACAUCACUUGAUAAGCUGACCAAACUUAAAUCAUUCAAUGUAUCAAUGAACUUUUUGACUGGACCCAUACCAUCUGUCGGUGUGCUCAUCAAGUUUACAGAAACUUCCUUUAUCGGAAAUCAUGAGUUAUGCGGGGAGCAAAUUGAUGUGGUGUGCAAAGAUGAGGUUUGGUUGCCGUCCGUAGAUUCUCAGCCUUCUUUAGGAAACAAAGGGUACAGAAAGAAUUCUACUAGGUUUCUUAUAAGUGCAGUUGCAACAUUAUGUGCUUUAUUGUUCGUGGCACUGAUGUGCUACUGGGGAUGCUUUCUUUACAAGAAAUUUGGUAAAGGUGACAUCAGGGGUCCUGCAAUGGAUCUCAGUGGAGGUGCAUCCAUUGUAAUGUUUCAUGGGGACUUGCCCUAUUCAUCUAAAGAUAUCCUAAGAAAAUUAGAGACCUUAAAUGAUGAAAACAUUAUUGGUACUGGAGGCUUUGGAACUGUGUAUGGGCUUGCAAUGGAUGAUGGAAACGUGUUUGCUUUGAAGCGAAUAAUGAAGACAAAUGAAGGUCUAGAACGUUUCUUUGAUCAGGAACUUGAGAUUUUGGGGAGCAUUAAACAUCGUUAUUUGGUCAAUCUCCGUGGAUAUUGCAAUUCUCCUUCAUCUAAGUUGUUAAUCUAUGAUUACUUACCUGGUGGAAGCUUGGAUGAAGUUUUACAUGAAAGAUCUGAGCAAUUGGACUGGAAUGCACGUCUUAAUAUUAUCAUGGGAGCUGCAAAAGGCCUUGCAUACUUGCAUCAUGAUUGUUCACCUAGAAUCAUACAUCGUGACAUUAAGUCAAGCAACAUAUUACUAGAUGGAAACUUGGAGGCUCGUGUCUCUGAUUUUGGACUUGCAAAACUGUUAGAGGAUGAAGAAUCUCAUAUCACGACAAUAGUUGCUGGAACAUUUGGUUAUCUUGCUCCAGAGUACAUGCAAAGUGGUAGGGCAACAGAAAAAACAGAUGUAUACAGCUUUGGAGUCUUGGUGCUGGAAGUUUUGAGUGGAAAACGACCGACUGAUUCAUCAUUCAUCGAGAAAGGCUUGAAUAUUGUAGGAUGGGUGUCUUUAGUUGUUUCUGUUUCUGCUGCAGUUGAAUUUCUUGGUCCUUGAGGACCGUCAAAGAGAAAUAAUUGAUUCACACUGUGAGGGCGUGCAGAUUGAAAGCCUGGAUGCUUUGCUCUCUGUUGCCAUUCAGUGUGUUUCCUCAGCUGCAGAGGAGAGGCCCACAAUGCACAGAGUGGUUCAAUUAUUGGAGUCAGAGGUUAUGGCACCAUGUCCGAGUGACUUUUACGACUCAAACUCAGAUUAAUUGCAUUUCAUUUAGUUGUUAGCUGCUGGUUCAUAUGAUGUAGAUACAUUUGAAGGGAUGCAUAAAAUGUUCUGGACACAUUUUUUUUCAUUCAUUUAUUCUUUUCUGCACUGCACAUGUUAUAAAUGUGUUUCCAUCUGCGAACUGUAUAGCCUCGUCUCUUCUUUUCAAUGGUAGAUGUGAGGAGUUUCAUCUUUA